AUGAACUUGUCUGUUCAGACCUCUUCUCUUAAGAAGGUUUGCUCGGAGCCCAGAGCCGCUCUUGCUCAGAAGUGUUUUGUGAGCCCACUGGAAGCGCGGGGCGUGGGGCCCACCCCGUUUGAGCUUAAACUUUGGAACAAAUACCGAAUUUCCAACAUUCCAUCGCUAAUAUUCCUAGAUGCUACCACUGGCAAGGUUGUGUGCAGGAAUGGGCUCCUGGUGAUCCGUGAUGACCCAGAAGGUCUGGAAUUCCCCUGGGGACCUAAGCCCUUCAGGGAAGUCAUCGCGGGGCCCUUGCUUAGAAAUAAUGGGCAGUCGCUGGACAGCAGCAGCCUGGAGGGGUCUCACGUGGGAGUCUAUUUCUCCGCACACUGGUGUCCACCUUGCCGAAGCCUCACCCGAGUGCUGGUUGAAUCCUACCGGAAGAUCAAGGAGGCAGGCCAGAAAUUUGAGAUCAUCUUUGUUAGUGCAGACAGGUCAGAGGAGUCCUUCAAACAGUACUUCAGUGAGAUGCCCUGGCUCGCUGUCCCCUACACUGAUGAGGCCCGACGGUCGCGCCUCAACCGGCUGUACGGAAUCCAAGGCAUCCCCACGCUCAUCGUGCUGGACCCACAGGGGGAGGUGAUCACACGGCAGGGGCGGGUGGAGGUGCUCAACGACGAGGACUGCAGGGAGUUCCCGUGGCACCCCAAGCCCGUGCUGGAGCUCUCUGACUCCAAUGCUGUGCAGCUCAACGAGGGCCCUUGCCUCGUCCUUUUUGUAGAUUCUGAGGAUGAUGGAGAGUCUGAGGCAGCCAAACAACUGAUUCAACCAAUAGCUGAGAAAAUCAUUGCAAAGUACAAAGCCAAAGAGGAGGAGGCACCACUUCUGUUCUUUGUGGCUGGGGAGGAUGAUAUGACUGACUCACUGCGAGAUUACACCAACCUACCCGAGGCUGCCCCUCUGCUCACCAUUCUGGAUAUGUCCGCCCGGGCCAAGUACGUGAUGGAUGUGGAGGAGAUCACCCCUGCCAUUGUGGAGGCCUUUGUGAAUGACUUCCUAGCAGAAAAGCUCAAACCAGAGCCCAUCUAGUGGAGCUCUGGGCUCCUGAGCCAUUAUUUAAGACUCAGUCUCCUCCUCCUCCUUCCCUUUUUCUCCUCUGCCCUUGGACUUUACCACCAUGUACUGAAUCACACAGCCCAAGAGUCCAACCUCUCUGUGGUGCCUUGUUUCUGCGUUAAUUCCUCAGCCAGCACCCAACAGUGCACAUCCACACAGCAGCAGCAGAACCCACCGUGUUGGGAGACUGCUUGGGAUGUGUGCAGGUGACAUAACCUAGCUAAAACAGGGACUGCAGCACUCUCUCCAGUUCACUUGUCAUCUCUUGUGAAGGCACUGUUAUGGUGAGGGACAGCAGAUGGGGGCUCUUACUCUGGGGUCAACACACAUACACAGCACCCAAGACAGCUGGAAGGGAACUGCUUGGUGACAGGUGCACACAGGUGAAGCAGAGAAAGAGCCGUAGGCUCUGCAGGCACCAGCUAAGAGCUGUUGGUGAGAGCAAGUUUUUCUGGGGGACCUCAUCUUUUUGGUCCUAGGUGAAAACAGCAGCUUGUCAGUGGGUUCUUGGGCAGCAGGCCUCCAAAUCUAAAAGGAAGCUCAUGGGUUUUGGGGUGAGAAAAAUGAGUAGCUAUGGUAAUGAUUCAUAUAGCAAUUGCUUACUUUUAUUGAGCUCCUACCAUGUGACUAGAGUUUGUAAUUCCUUUCCUACCUCUUUCUUCUUUGCUAUUAACUUUCCCCUAAUUUCUGCCUGCUGCUGCAAAUAGCUCCUACUGUCUUGGAAUUUUAUUAAUGAAUUCUUUUCCUUGGGCUUCUUCCCAAGAUACCGGGCUCUGAGUUCUUAGGGGAGCUCUGCCAAGCUGGCACAGACCUGCCUCUGCCCAGCUCUGUGCCUGAGGCUUCUGGACCUCUGCCAAGGCACCUGCACCCCCUUGCUGUUACCCUUGUCAUACCCUUUUCUUUUCAAAGCAACACUAAGAAGCAACAAGAAUUUACCAGAAGCCAAUCUUUUACCUAAAAAGAAGCUGCAGUGGAAGCUGGUGCCCUAGGGCAGGAGUGGGGGCAGACAGCAGGCAGGACGAGUUGGUCUUGGGCCCCCUUUGUUGGGCUCAGGUAGGUUGGCUUCUUACUUGAGCUGAACUAACCACAAAAAAGGGAACCAACAAUGCCCUUAGGCUUUGAGGGUGGAGGGUUUAGGCCUAGGGACUCACAAGGGCUUUUGCCUGUCUCAGUCAGGUGUCAGGGUCUUCAAAAAAUCCUGGGCGUUACCCUCAGCUUCACUCAGCACUUUGCCAACCAAAACCAUUUAUUUGUAAAACCCAGAGCUAUUGACACUGUCGUUACUUACUGAAAUGGAUUGUUGGUUUGUAGUGCAGAGGUAUAAAAUCAGUUGGUAAUUAGACUAUUUGAUGUUGCAGCCUGAAAUGCAAUCACCUAGUAAGAAAUAAAACAGGCAUCUCUGGACAUUACCAUCCACUUGGCCUUCCCUGAUCUAUUGGGGUGGCCAGAGACAACCUCUGGUGGUUAUGUUCCAGGAUUUUCAAGAAUCCCAGGAACUGGGGCUGGCGAUGUAGCCCAUUGGUGGUGGAGACUUGCCUAGCAGGGGCCUAGCAGGCCCUCAAUUCAUUUCUUGGCAUGGGGUGAAGAAGAUGUGGGGGGAUCCUAAGAAUUACCUUGGCCAUCUGUCAAAUCUUGAUUCCAGAAGCCAGGAAGUUCAUUUGGAUGAGAGUGCCAGAAGAAGAUCCCUUCUGGAGCUCUGGCCACCACCUCUCCUGGUUUGCCUUGGCACUUGGAGGGUAAAUUCCCAGAUUGCAGAAGUCACUGUGGACAUUCCCGUGGUCUCCAGUCCUGCAGGGGAGCUAAGGGCUCUGAAAUCUGAGAAGGCUGUGGGGGGGUGGGUUCACACAAGACCUAACUCGGUGUCUUAGUUACGUUCUUGUUGCUCAGGCACAAUACCCAGGACCCACAACCUAAAGAAGUUCAUUUUGACUCACGCGUUCAGUCCACAGUUUGCUGGCUCCAAAGCAGGAUGGCAUGGCAGAGAAGCAUAGUGUAGGGAAAACUGCUCAUGUCAUGGCAGCCAAGAAGCUGAAAAAAUAAGAGCCACAGAAGGAGAAACACCCUUCCUGGUCACACCACCAGUGACCUGCCUCUCCGACAGGCCCCACCUCCCAGCAACAAGUCAGCUGUAUCACUCCCAUCACAAUUCAGUCACCUUCCCAAAGCCCUGCCUAUGAAAGCAUGAGGCUCUUAGGGAGCGUCUAGAUAUAGACCAUAAUGUGCAGCAUGGGUGUCCCUGUGAAGAAUGAGGCAAGACUUGGGGACACCCAAGCCCAGCUCUAGCCAAGGCUAAGGGACUUCUGAAGGAACUCUCCCAGUACCUCUCGGGGUGGGUACAAGAUGAAGUCCCUCCCUUGGAAGAUUUCUGUCCGUGUCUCCCCCCACCCCAUAUCUUGUGUCAAGCUUUUCUUAGAGGCCAGAGGAUCCCUUUUAGUAGCUAUUCAUCUUUGGGAGCAUAAGCAACAAGUCCAGUGAUGAGUUGCUGAAGUCACUGCAAUGCAGUAAUUGGGACAUCUGUGAUACUUUGACCUGUACUGGAGUGACUCUUCUUACUAAAGCCAACUGGAUCCUUGUCACCAGAAUUCCCCUUUCGGAACAGAUGUGUAGGUUUAUGUCAGCAGGGAAGAUUUACUAAAAAGGUCUAGGUCUAGACUGUGGCUACACUGGGAGGAAAUACUAGGGAAGAGCUCCAUGGUAUGAGAAAUCCUAAAGGUUAUUGAUGUAGAUAAAGUGGGUGCAUGGCAGAUCUCACCAAGCCGCUCCAGAAUACCUUACAAGGCUUGUUGCUAUUAGAAGUGAUAUAUUCAAAGGCUUCUACCAGCAGCAAGGGAAGCCAUGCCCUGCAGGUUGAGACAGGAAAAUGGCUAUAGAAAUGCCACCUGGGGCAGGAGAUUUAGCUCAGUGGUGCCUCCACUUGCCUUGUAAAGUGCAAGGGCCUGAGUUUGAUC